ACAAAUGAAAAAUCAUCUGAAAUUGUUUUGGAUUUGGGAAGCAGUGAAAGAAGCGAAUUCUUAUCUAAAUAUUUCUUUGUAAUCCUUUUAGUUAUAACUAUACACAAUUUCGUUUUUGCAAAUUAAGUGCUCUUUUAAAAUAUAUAAUAUCGUUAUUUUGUUCGCGACUGGUUUGUGAUAAAUAUAAUUUGUUGUUUCGGAUCCGAGAAGACGUUCGCUGGGCGUAAAAGAAAAUGGCGUGUGCUACACUAAAAAGGAGUUUCGACUGGGAUGUCUCCAUGUCUCAGACACCCUCAAAGAGGCGAAGAUGCGCCCCUAUUUCUAAAAGUCCCGGAAUUAAAGUAGAACCGACAACGACAAAUUCCAUAUUCGGAGAAAGUGUAUGUGCUUCAGCAAAAUUAUCCCCAGAGCGUCUCCUCAAAGACUUGUGCGAUGAGAUGAAACGGCUGCAACGCCGUCGGCAGCUGAAGCUAGCCUCUGGUGCUAAUGCCUCCUGCUCCUCCUCCAGUGGCAGCGAGGGGGACUCCUCCCCCACGCACCACUCUUUCUCCACGAGCAGCAAACAACAAGUACACAAGGCACUAUUCACAUUCAAACAGGUGCGUCUGAUCUGCGAGCGCAUGCUCCGCGAGCAGGAGGCAGCGCUGCGAGCCGAGUACGACUCCGCACUCAACAGCAAGCUCGCCGAGCAGUAUGAGGCUUUCGUCCGCUUCAACAUCGACCAGGUGCAACGCCGGCCUCCACCAUCCACCUGCAUACCUUUAGGAAUGGACACCGAACACAUGCAUCAAGAUCUUGUACCCAGCUAUCUGUCGUAAUGGCGUUUCCGCUUGCGUGAAAUUGCAGAUAUAUCAAGACAAACAUAUUUUGAUAUAUGUGAAAAUUAUAUGCGGGAAUAUCUAGAAUAUCCGAAUGACUCAAUAUAUACAUUGUGAUUGCGGACGGGACCGCUGCUGGGCAGACGCAGUAUUACAGUGAUAUGUUCAUGUAACUAACACUGAAGAUUGUAUAGAGGCUUGUAAUUAUAGUCUAUGCUGUGAGACAACCCACAAAACUUCACUCACAAAUUUCUAUGAAGUUUUGUGACUCGUCAUAUAGCUUACAUUCAUUUACCAUGCAUGUUAAGUUUUAAGUGAGCCAGCAAAUUUGACCAAUGACGUUAUAUUCACUAAGAGCAAUUCAGUUAGAAUGCGCCAUUGGUCAAUUUGUAAUUAACGCUGAUUCACUAUAAACUUAACUGGAAUGCACUUACAGUUUAAAAGAAAAAGGCUAGUCGGUGGCGCAUUUGUCAGAAAAUGCGCUAAGCCACUAACAGUUCAAGCACAAAAUGAUAUUGCCACAAACACAAACAUUGUGUGUCCUGUUCCUAUAUUUAUGUAUUGUUUUCAAGGAUGAAGGAGCCCUAUAUUAUCUUCAUAGUGUACAUCAUAGUAAUAUACAAAUCCUAAAUAAGUAAUUAACGUAAUAUAAUAGAAGUGAAUCGAUUUUUAAGUCAAUACCUGCUUGAAACCUACCUAGAUUUAAGCCAUUCCUCUUGAGAGAUAUUAUACUGCUAUAGAGGUCAUGGUGUCUUGAAGACAACAUGAGGCAAUUUGACGUGAUAGUUUCAUCAAUGAAACCCUAUAAUACAGCAGAGUCUACACAAAAUCACUCUGACAUUGGCGACUCACUGAGGGCGCCAUUACUAAAACUAAUAUUUUAAACACGAAUUUAUUUCCAAAAAAGACAAAGCAAAUGAAAGUCGCUGACUUAAAAGUUGAUUCGCCAAACAGCAGUGGGUCCCUGGGUUGUUCAUGCCACGUUAAUAUAAAUUAGCUUAUAACGCUUUAGAUAAGAUUUGCUGGCAUAAUUGUGUUCAUAGACUGAAAACCGUGAGCCGGAAGUGGCUAAGGCGAUAUGAUAUCCAUGUUUUUUUAUAUUACGACGGGGGUGGCAUGCGAGCGACUCGCGAAAGCCCCCCGGUUAGUCUUAAAGUAACUUACAGAAAUAAAUUCACACAGAGUGCCUGUUAAUCCUUCUCAUGUGUUGAUUGCAAAUUAGUCAUAAUUUUUUUUUGUUUUAAUUUAAUUUACUUUACAGUGUUGUCUACUAGUUUUAGUACAAUUUUUCUUAUAUUAUCGAUGCAAUAAUCCUCCCAUGUUAAAACAUUGAUGAUUCUUAAACUAGUAAAUAUGAUACAAAAUUAUGAAGUAAAAGUAAGUGUCGAAAAUAAAUUUGUUAAAAUUACUCAAGUUUUCUUUCAGCGAAUUAUUUUAGACUACUGAGAUCUAGGUGUAUAUUUAUUUUUAAGUUAUUUUAUUCUCAGUUUCGUGUGCAGCACGAGUCAGUCCACUACUGAGCUGGGAAUAUCGUGUUUCGACCAUCAUUGGGCUUUUUUGUUUACUAUUUUUAGUUAGGAAAUUUUAUUGAGUAAAAAACAGGAUAUUAUUAUGAUUUUGUUACCAAGCAAUUAUUCAAUAAAACAAAUAGGAUAGGUCUUUUUUAAAUUGUAUUAUCAGCUCAUUAUUAGUAGGUUAUUGGCGUUUAAGAACUGAAAAUAAACUAGCUAAACACCACUAA